AUGGCUGCAGAAGAAAAGAUCAAUCAGUUGAUGAUGGGCUCUUCUGAGAUACCUGCGAAGAAGAUAAAGCUGAAGCCCGGCAAUAUUAUGGUGAAGAAGGAGAAUCAAAAGAAGAAGAAGAAGAAGAUAAAGGUCCCAAGCCACAGUCAAAUCAAAAACAAGAAUUGUUUUGACAGAAACCUCGUCAUAGAGGGUGAGCAACAUGAACAAAUCUUGGAGGCCUUAAAAGAGCUAGGCAUCACCGAUCCUUUAUUUGUACUGAGCAAGAAGAUCACCAGCAGCGACACCACGAAGCAACAGAACUGUCUACUGCUGCCCUGUGACACCUCGAAGAGCUCACGCCUUUUCGAGUUGAUCACCGGUGAGGAAAAGGCUCAGAUGAAGAAGAAACAGGGGCUAAACAGAAAGGUUUUGGAUCAACUGAAGAGAGAGUAUUUUAUGACCCUCAAGUAUCUCGGUAGCAACAAGGCCCCCCGCAUCAUUGGCCCAGACUGGAGGAGGUAUGUGAACAACAAUACAGUAGAGGAGGGUCAGAUUCUUGACUUGUGGGGCUUUCGAGUGGAGAAGGGAACAGAGAAGCAGAAAGAUGAUAGGGUCCUUCAGCUAGCCAUACUCAAUUACGAGAUCACCGAGAAGGUGAUUGAAGUGGGAGAUCAUGUUGAAGAAACGAAGGACUUCCCACCUGAUGUAAUAGAGGGCACAAGGGCAUUGAUGAGCUAG